GCACAUUAUCCAAAAUGGCUGAUUUCGACGAUGCUAUUUAUAGUGAACAAGAUGAAGAAGACGCCUUAAAUACCUCUUUUCCCCCACCACCAGUGCCUGAUCCAGUCGUAAUUAGAGGAGCAGGAAACGUUACAGUGUUUGGUUUGAGCAAUAAGUUUGACACAGAGUUUCCAGCUGGUUUAUCGGCCAAGGUUGCACCAGAAGAGUUUAAGGCUUCUUUGUCGAGAAUUAACUCUGUUUUAAAGAAAACUCUACCAAUGAAUGUCAAAUGGUUGUUCUGCGGUUGCGUUUGCUGUUGUUGUACAUUAGGGUGCUCAUUAUGGCCAGUGAUAUGUUUAAAUAAACGAACGAAACACUCGAUAGAAAAAGUUAUUGAUUGGGAAAAUAGUCAUUUGUACCAUAAGCUUGGUUUACAUUGGAAAUUGGCUAAACGAAAAUGCGAUGCGAACUCUAUGACAGAAUAUGUUAUUCACAUAGAAUUUCUACCCAAAGUUCCAAUUCAUCAGCCAGAUUGAAGUUGCCUCUUUAACUUAAUCUUGAGAAGGGAAGAAGAGUAUUUUGUUUUUCUUUACAAAAGAAAGAAAAUGCUUUUUUGAUGAGAAAAAACUGUUAUACUCUUGUAAGUUUCGAAUUAUUUGAAACUUAUUUUAGAGAUAAAAAAUAUUAAGUGAUGAACUAUAUACAUUUUAAUUUCACAUAAUAUUGUUUACUCUAUUAAUCAAUAUACUAAGAAAUGAAAAGAUACAAUAAGAGGGAGAGAGGAAAAUGUAUUUCAAAAGAGAAAUGCUAUAAAACAAAAGAAACGGUUAUAAUCUUUAGGGAAGAUAUGAUUUAUAUUGAAAUAUAUUUUAGCGAUGUCUUCAUUGUCAAAGUUAAUAUUUAUAUCUUCGUAUUAAUUAUCCAUUCUUUCGUCGACUCCCGAUAUUUACCUUUAAACGUAUCUUUUACAAGUAUCAAACUCAAUUUAGGGUUGUUUGUCGGAUAUCUGAUCUAGAAAAAGUAAUCUGUCAGAAAAUGAUUUUCUGAAAGCAAGUCCUCUAUAAGUACAACUUAAGUGCUGUACGUGAUUCUAGAAUUUUCCCCCCC